UCAUUGUGUUCGAAAAAGAUGACGUGCCGUUUUGACGUUUAGAAGAUAAAAAUGCGUGCCGUUUAUAUGAUUGGCGGCUUUUUUGGCAAACUAUAGGAUGACCGAUGACAGGUCGUCAAUUCUGACACGAAAAAAAGGAAAUAGAAAAGAGAGGCCAAAUCUUUUUGAUCUGUGCCUGUGCGUAUGGUUGUUGUGUCUCUUCAUCGAAUCUCGAUCACCACAUCACCGGGUUCUAGCCUUCACGAUGUGCUUUUGAGCAUGAGAUUUGGAUUGACGCGGCGACAUCUCCCUUUGAAGCGACCUUUCACCAAUUAUUCAAUCACUUCCGUAUCUCCAGAACAACAGCUCAUAUCGCCGGUGACCAUGGCGACGACCGAGAGCCAAAAUCUUGUACAAGCUUCCAAGGAGGAGACAAACAAGAAGGAGGUAGAGGAUACGAAGGAGAUUUUGGCUCCUCCGCCGCCGGAGAAACCAGAGCCUGGCGAUUGCUGCGGUAGCGGUUGCGUCCGAUGCGUUUGGGAUGUUUAUUACGAAGAGCUCGAAGAUUACAACAAGAAGCUUUCUGGAGAAACUAAAUCCGUUUGACUUAAUUGCUGAGAGAUUUUUUUUUUGUCGCAUUAUUGUUGAUGGAGAAAUUAAACAUUUGCCUCUUUGUCUAUUUGAUGAUUCUGUGCUUUGUUGAACUCUUGGGCUGAUUUACUCGUGAAUAGAAGAAAGUAGUGAUUAUUAUACUA